AUGUGCACAAUAGACCGCUCUGUUUGCGCUUCCCUAUUCGGGCAUAAUGUGGAGCAUAUAUACAGAAGGCCCUUAGCAGGCAUGAAAGUUUUCGGCAGCAAAGUGCUUCUUACAUUUAUAUUUUCAUUUUUUAUUAUAUCUAGCGCAGUUGCUAUGAACAGUCAGGAUGUGGUUACAAUGCAAGAUGCUGCAAGAUAUUUUUUAGAGAGGGGAAUAUCCCGAGGGGUUAUUGUCGUCAGCUCCGAGAAAUGCGGAGCCUGUGUGGUCUACGACAAGAUUCUAAACAGCUACUUUGGGGCAAAGCCUGCAAUUGCAAGCAAGUUCCUGCUAAUUAAGCUAACAGCCCAGAACAGGCCCAGGCUCAUGGGAGCAAACACGCUGAUUUCUGAUCUUGGCGUGAUGUCUGUUCCGGCCACUUUUGUUGUGACAGCAGGCCCAUCCGGGCUAGCCGUUGAGCAAAGCGUGCCUACAGUUUUAAAUAGCCCUGAGUUCCUGAGCACAAUGGCCCGAAUUGGAAUGGCAUAG